AUGUUGUUGGUGCUGUUCACUCGGUGGAUGUGGAUCUUGCUGGGGAAGAGCAGUGUCCUCUUGCUUCUGGAGGUCUCUCUGAAAGGGAGAGCUCUACCUCCAAUCCGGUAUUCCCACGCUGGGAUAUGCCCCAAUGACAUGAACCCCAACCUGUGGGUAGACGCGCAGAGCACUUGCAAGAGAGAGUGUGAAGCUGAUCUGGAGUGCGAGACCUUUGAGAAGUGCUGCCCCAAUGUCUGUGGAACGAAGAGUUGCGUGGCGGCUCGGUACAUGGACGUCAAGGGGAAAAAAGGGCCGGUGGGAAUGCCCAAAGAGGCAACCUGCGACCGUUUCAUGUGCAUCCAGCAAGGCUCAGAGUGUGACAUCUGGGACGGGCAACCCGUCUGCAAGUGCAAGGACAGGUGUGAGAAGGAGCCGAGCUUCACCUGUGCCUCUGACGGGCUCACCUACUACAACAAGUGCUACAUGGAUGCAGAAGCUUGCAUCAAAGGCAUUACACUGAAUGUAGUCACCUGUAGGUACCAUCUUACCUGGCCAAACACCAGCCCUAUCCCACCAGAAACAACAGCUCGCCCUACUACUGCCUAUUCUGAGACAACGGUCAUUGAUAUCUUGCCACCUGCUCUAGUGAACAACCCCGUCCAUCAGUCCGUCUACGUGGGAGAGACCGUCAGCUUCCUCUGUGAUGUCACAGGGAGACCCAAGCCAGAAAUCACAUGGGAGAAGCAGGUCGAUGGGAAAGACAAAGUCAUUAUGAAGCCAAAUCACGUCAGAGGGAACGUCGUGGUCACCAACAUCGCCCAACUGGUCAUCUACAACACCCAGCUCCAAGACGCAGGCAUCUACACCUGCACCGCCAAAAACAGCGGUGGCCUUCUCAGGGCUGAUUUCCCUUUGUCAGUCAUCAAAGGAGAACCUACAUCCAAAGAAGCUUCCCAAAACAAAACACAUUUUCCAACCGAUGAGUGCCUGAAGCAACCGGACAGCGAAGACUGUGGGGAAGAGCAGACCAGGUGGUACUAUGACGCAAAGAAAAACAACUGCUUUACUUUCAUCUAUGGGAACUGUAACAGCAACCUCAACCACUUUGAGACCUACGAGAACUGUAUGUUAACGUGCAUGAACGGCCCAAUCAACAUUUGCAAUCUGCCAGCCCUCCAAGGUCACUGCAAAGCCUAUGAGCCCAGAUGGGCCUAUAACAGCUUGACAAAGCAGUGCCAGUCCUUCAUUUAUGGCGGGUGCGGAGGCAACGAGAACAACUUUGAGAGCCGGGAGGCCUGCGAAGAGAUGUGCCCUUUCCCGAAGAACACGCACUGCAAAGCUUGCAAACCACGCCAAAAGCUGGUGACAAGCUUCUGCAAAAGCGACUUUGUUAUCCUGGGCCGUAUAACAGAGCUGACCGAAGACCAAGACUCAGGACAUGCCCUGGUGACAGUGGAGGAGAUUCUAAAAGAUGAAAAAAUGGGAUUAAAAUUCCUGGGGAAGGAACCACUAGAAAUCACGCUUUUGAACAUGGACUGGAGCUGCCCGUGUCCCAACAUGACCACAGUGGAUGGCCAGCUCAUCAUCAUGGGAGAUGUCCACAACGGCAUGGCUGUCCUACAGCCAGACAGCUUUGUGGGGACCUCCAGCAUCCGGCGCGUGCGGAAACUCCGCGAAGUCAUCCACAAGAAAACCUGUGAGCUUUUGAAAGAGUUCCUAGGAUUGCAUUAACCUCCUUCACACGUGUCAGCCUUCCAGACCCGUGUGUUACGUAGGGCUAACAAGCGCUAGGCUAGUGCACAAACUAAACAAGCUGUUUGAAGAUACACCGUAGGAAUUAUGCAGAACCCUUAUUUUAAUCCAUUAAUGAUGCUUAGCAACAAUGUAGUAUGGUCUUUGGCAAGCACGUAAAACAGCAGCAAAAGGCUAUUAAUCUUGCAUUGAAAUCAAUUCGUCCAUAUAGGAGUGCCAUUUAACUAGAUGACUCACUGCAGUAAUUAUACAAUUUUUAUGUAGCUUCCAUCAUAAAUGACGGAAUUCAUAGCAUUUGUUUAGCUAAUUGGUACACAGCUAAGUAAUGUAUAAUGUCAACUUAAUCUGUCUCAUUUACAGUAUGGAAAUGUUAUGGGAAGUCAUUAUAAGUAAGUCACACUCUUGUCUCCUCAUAGGAGCACUAAUAUUUCAAGAGAAAAGCCUGUAAAUUAUUGUCUAUAUUUACAAUUGUGCACAUUUAAC